GAAACAAUUUAACGAAAAGGAACAUCUUCUUGCAGGGCUACUAGCAUAAAUGAUGCGUUUUUUUAUCAUACUCAUAACCAGUAUAUGGUUCCUUGCACUUGCUGCUACUAUUUGCACCUUGCCACUGACCAUAGAUAUCCUCACUUUAAAAGUUCUGCACAUUGGUGUCUCCCAUGGGCAAAUCAGAGUCCUUAAAGCACUAGAUUAUAUCGUGAACCUGACGCGGUAUACGGAUGCGUUCCCGUCCCCUUUCUAUACUUUAGCUACUGCAGAUCUGAAAGAUGAAACUGGCAAGGAAAUUUUCGGGUUUCUUGUUCAAAAAUCAUUCGAUGUCAACGCAGACGCUAGUUACAAUGCUCAUCCAUUGACUACUGUCUAUCGGAAGAACCGUCCACAUAUCGCCAUCUGGUUUAUCACGCAACCCAAUAUCAUUGCGGAGGUCUACAUGGAGAAGCUUACCUGUUAUGAGGCUAGUGCUGUUCAUCCAAACAUUACACUUGUCCUAGAACAUAAUGAGAUACGCAGGUGUGCGUAUCAACAUCCCCGAAUAUCCCGCUACGCGUCAAGCAAACUCAAGUCGCACUACGAGGCGAUCUACAAGCAGCCCCAGCCUUCACCCAUGAUAAAUGGUAUAGGCCCUACUGAGGGGGUGCCGGAUGCUGAAUGGUGGAAGUACACAGCGCGGAAUCUGCAUCCACUGUCUGGAACUAUUGACCAGCCCUGGACCGUCAUAAAUCCUGCAUACUUUCAUGACUUUUCUAGUGUAUUGUUGUUUUAUGUAUUUUCGCAACUAGAAAACACGAUGAACAUAUUAGUUUUAGUUGCUGCUCUCGUUUUUAGUCUUAUAUGGUUCAGUAGUUGGAUAAGGGUUUUGUCAUGGUGAAAAAAGAACAACGAACCAAGGGAAAAGCCAGUUGUACAGACUGUGAAGCUCAAGGAAAGAUCAAAAAAAGCAGAACUAAUGGAGUCGGUUCCAUCAAUUAUUUCAGAAAUUCAUCGGCGUUUUCCUUAGGCCCCUAAGUUUCUGCAAAUUGUAGUCAAAAAAUCCGUAUUUUUCCCUUCAUGGAGGAGAACGUAU